AUGCCCUCCAAUCCACUCCACAUAGGUGCCCGCUCCAUCACACAGAGCUCAAUCCGCCGUCGCAGAACUCUCCUCCUCACAUUCGACGCCUUCGAGACCCUCUUCUACCCACACCCGCCAGUCCCCGAUCAAUAUGCGACAAUCGGCCACGAGUUCGGACUCUCCCGAACAGCCGUAACACCAGACAAGCUCAAGGCCGCAUUCAAGGACGUGUACCGCCUAAAAUCCAACCAGCACCCGAAUUACGGUCGCGCAGACGUACUCAAGGGUCGGUAUGGAGGGCCAAAACAAUGGUGGGAGGAGGUUAUCCGUGGCAGUUUUGGACAGGUGCUAGCCUCGGAGAAGAAUGGGGAUCAUUCACAGACGGUCUCUCAGGAUUAUGGGGAUGUUGACCUCCCCAGCGGUAUGGUUGAGACUCUGCUGGAUCGGUUCGCGGGGGAUGGAGGUUACACGUUAUAUGACGACGUAGCUCCGUUUUUCGCCCGUAUGCGUGACCACCGAGCGUCUUCGAAUACCACUCCCUUUGAUCGGAUCGUGCUGGGUGUGAUAUCCAACUCUGACGAUCGUGUUCCUGCAGUGCUAAAAGCGCUAGGUCUACGCGUUGGGAAUACACGAGCAGAUCAAGACCGGUCGAGUAUGGAAUUGCCGGGUUUCGAGGAGCAAGACUCGAUCAACCCGAAUACCACGAACCAGGAGGGUCGGCCAGAUGCUGACUUUGACCUGGUAAUUACUAGCUACGAGGCUGGCGAGGAGAAACCGAACAAGUUGAUCUUCGAUGUCGCGAAGCGGCAGGCUCGGUUGCUAGUCCGACAUGAUGCACAACAGGGCUCGACUCCAGCUGGCCUGGAGGACACUGAUGACUGGACGUGUAUACACAUUGGGGAUGACUACCAGAAGGAUUACGUCGGUGCUACUCGUGCGGGUUGGCAGAGCUACUUCCUUGAACGUAAUGGUAGUGAAGAACGCCCUUCGAGAACUAUUCGCUCGUUGAUGGAGUUGUUCACCGAGUUGAAGAUUGGUUCGUAA